GCUUGCAUACGCCCAAAAAUCGAAUUAAUCACAUAAAUUAUAAAAACACCCAGUAUGAGAAUAUACUGAUAUUCAAUUUCUUUUUUAUUUUUGUUACUUUGUUGUCAUCAAGUGCCUCGGAGAUGUCCGUCAGCGCGAGCGCCGAGAAUCUCUCCACCGAUGCACAGAGCUGUGAUGGAGGGUCCAUGUGCCUGGAGCUUGCGCUAGAGGGCGAGCGCCUCUGUAAGGCAGGCGACUGUCGUGCAGGGGUUGCUUUCUUCCAGGCUGCCAUUCAGGCAGGUACAGAUGAUUUACGCACCCUCAGCGCUAUAUACAGCCAACUUGGAAAUGCUUACUUCUACCUUGGUGACUACAACAAAGCAAUGCAAUACCACAAACAUGAUCUGACAUUAGCUAGGACAAUGAAUGAUAAAUUAGGUGAAGCGAAAGCAUCUGGUAAUCUUGGGAACACUCUCAAAGUGAUGGGCAAGUUUGCUGAGGCUAUCCAAUGCUGCAAACGACAUCUGGAGAUCUCACGGUCACUUGGCGAUCGACUCAGCGAGGGUCGAGCACUGUACAACUUGGGGAACGUGUACCACGCUCAAGGCAAGCAGCUAGGCAGGGUUGGACAGAAUGAUCCCGGACAUUUCCCACAAGAGGUCCGAGACUGUCUCACGCAGGCGGUUGAAUAUUAUGAAGAGAAUCUCGAACUGAUGCGUAGUUUAGGAGAUAGGCAAGCAAUGGGGCGUGCCUGUGGCAAUCUUGGCAACACGUGCUACCUCCUCGGCGAUUUCUCACGAGCCAUUCGCUACCACAUGGAGCGCUUGCAGAUUGCACAAGAAUUUGGGGAUAAGGCGGCAGAAAGGAGGGCAAACAGCAACCUCGGGAACUCACAUAUAUUCCUUGGACAGUUCGAGAAUGCAGCAGAACAUUACAAACGAACGCUGGCACUUGCUGAGGACCUAGGCGAUGCGGCAGUUGAAGCACAGGCCUGCUACUCUCUCGGGAACACCUACACCCUUCUGAGGGAGUACAGAAUCGCCGAGGAGUACCAUGCGCGGCAUCUGACUGCCGCCAGGAAGCUCCAGGACAGAGUGGGAGAAGGCCGCGCUUGCUGGUCUCUGGGGAAUGCACAUGCGGCGCUUGGGAACCACGAGAAGGCGCUCUAUUAUGCAAACGAACAUUACAAUAUAUCAAAAGAGCUUGGUGAUGUGCUGGGCAUGGCUACGGCCCAGAUGAACAUCAGCGACCUUCGUAAGGUGCUAGGGAUGCCAGUUGAGGUGGAGUCCCCUCCCGCGCCUCCUAUUGACGAGGAUAGGACGCCGCGAACUCCCUUCAACGCCUUGCGUGUUCGUCGACAGAGCAUGGAACAACUAUCGCUAAUACAGAUAACACCAGACAGCAAGAAGACUGAAGCCGAAAUAGAAAUGGAGAAGAAACGUGAGGUGGUUAGGACAGAGUCCGAGGAGAACCCGGUGGACUCUUUCUUCGACCUUCUGAGCCGAUGCCAGUCGGAGAGAAUGGACGAGCAGCGCGCAACGCUCAACGCAAACAAAGAGAACAGGCCCAAACCCAAGCCCAACAACAAGCUGCAGCGGUCGGCCAGCAGCGGAAACAAAAACUCAAGUCCAAACGAUGCUAUGCUGGACAUGAUCACGGAUCUUCAGUCCGAGCGGAUGGACUCCCAACGCGCCGAGCUGCGUCCCGCACCAAAGAAACUCAGCAAGGAGAGUAAAGGCGCUUCGUUGCCCGGCCUCCGCCCUCAGCAAACUACCUCCACGAAACCCGAAGACGAUUUCCUGGAUAUGAUCGCCCGUGUACAGGGAUCCCGUUUGGAGGACCAGCGUUCAGAAUUGCCUCGGCCCAAGCCCGAGGAGCGUCCUAAGACAGUACCCGACGAUGACUUUUUCGCGCAGUUGAUGCGCGCGCAGGCCGGCCGCAUGGAGGACCAGCGAGCCACGAUCCCGUUACAAGAAAACCGCCUAAACAAAAGUGCUCCUAACACCAAGAAGUAGAUACGGAUUUUGUUUAUUAUAUUUUACAGUUUACAUCGAAUUGACGAAAGCAAUGUCAGGUACAGAAUGUGUUCCGAGUGAAUCACUCGAAAUAACAAUCACUCAGCUGCCGUUGCUUUCCUUAUUAAUAAGCAACAUAUUUAAUACUUUCUUUGUGUAAAUGAAAUUUGUGUGUUGUAAAAUAUUGAAUUUCAUUAUAUGUUUUAUAUAUUUUUAUAUUACUUACUGAAAUUUUAAGACUUAGGAAGGUCCUGUCUUUACUUAAUCGAUUUGUAUUAUAGUACCUUCUCCACUAGAUAUCAAACUCCUACUUAUAUCGAAUCUACUGGUUUUAACGGUUCCUGUAUUGGUGAUCAUGUUUCCGCAUUGAAUGUUUGUGAUCUUGUGAGAUGCUAGUAGCGGAAUUAAACAAAAUAAAACAAAUCCAUUAAGUAAUGAUAUUAUACUUCCACAUAAUUACAAUGAUAAAAUAUAUAGUCGUAUCUGUUCUAAAUUAGGUUUUAAUGAAUUUAAUCUUUCUUCCUAUGAAAAUAAAAUGAAUUUAUAUAUUUUUAGUAUUUUACACUCUAUGCUGAGGAAGACUAUUGUUCAAUAUCAUGAGUUCUAUUGAAUAUGAUUAUAUAUGUACAGUAUCAUAUUUUGUAUUAUGCUUUAUUUCAAUUUGGUGUGUAUACUGGCUCUGUGUAUAAUUGCGUGUAUUUUAAAAAUGUUUGUGUGUUCGCUUAUUUGCAGGCUCUCAUUUGAUAUAGUCGACACUUUUUUUAUCUGUAUUUUACAAAAAAGUAAUUAAGUAUUAUUCCUUUUCUAUCAAGUUAGUUUAUGUUGUGUGAUAUUCCUUUUUGCAUUUGAUAAUUAUAUAAAAAGCAUACUGUCUGCUACAUAUAGGUAUCAAAUGCUAUUCGACUGGAUGUUAUGAGUGUAUUUAUCAAAACAUACUAAUAAAUAAUAUUCUAACAAUUUAGUAUUUUGUCAUAUUUAAUAAUACGGUUUUUUACUAUAUUGAUAGUAUUGUCAAUGUAGUCUGUUUUUUCUAUUUAAAAUAUUUAGUAACUAGUAAUGGCAUUCGUUUUAUCAAAAUUAGUCAAGAUAAAUAGCAGUGUUAAAUUGAAUAUGCUAUAUUAAUGUAAAGUAACAAUAUGUAUAAUAUAAUACAAUAAGGCGGUCACGUUACUAAAAGCAAUUCGUGAUACAUGUGUACACAUCAUAAUCACUUCUAUCAUACACUUGUUAUUUAAAUUAAAAUAUACCAUAAUUAUGUACUGAAUAAUAUUGGUAUAAAAACAGAUGGUGUAACAUUUUUUAUAUUGUGUACCUAAUUAUUACAAUUGCACUAUUCAUAUACUAGUAUAAGCUUGAUGCCAUUAUUGUAUGUAAGACAAUGCGAUAUUAAAUAGAUUUGUCAUAAAGAAGCAUUGUCACAUUUCCAAUGGUCGGUGGUUCGAUUCCUCGCACGGUACAAACAUUUAUAUUAAUGAGUAUGAUUGUUUGUAUCGGUCUGGGUGUUUUAAAUAUAAUAUUUAGGUUGUCGAGUAGGCAUAACACAAGCUUACAUUAAUAUCUGCUUAGCUUGGGUCUAGAUGGCACUGUGGGAAUUGUUCAAAUAUUUUAUUUUAAAAAAAAUACGUUCUGUCUUUGUAGGAUAUGAAAACUGAUUUUAGACAAUCAAUUUGUAAAUUAUGUGAUGUGUAAAAAACGUAAAUGUUCAUGUAUAGCAAUAAAUAAUUGUAGUCUUGCAAAUUGCAAUUCCAAAGGUUUUGAGGAUGUGAUAAUAUUUAGUACGACAAGGUGACACGUGUGACCAGUGUUGACAUUGGCCUAUAUAUAGGUGCUAAAGAAUAUAUGAACAUGAAAUACAAUGGCGGUGCUGUUGAAAUUAUCCAAAUUAAUACAUUUCAUCUAAGAAGAUACAUACCGUAGGGAUUAAGAUGCUAGUAAACAUCGCGGCUAAAUGUCCAUCGUUAUCUAAAUAUUAAUUCGCGAAGCAAAAACUUUGACCCCUUAUUACAAAAAUUUCGCGAACGGAGGAGUACGAAAUUUCGCCUAAUUUUAGAUUAUAUAUGUAGAUAGGGAGAGGCAAUAUUUUUUAAAAUUAAGCGUAAAAAUAAAUCAACAAAAAAAAUAUUACGCACUACCAUGCAUUUGACACACACACGCAUUUAUAUUCUGUUUUUUAAUGUUAAAGUCUUUGAUCAAAUUGAGAAUAGAUUAAUAUCGCUUGUCUUUAAUAUUCUUACUGAAUGUCGAACAUAACCACAAUAAAUUCACUAAUUACAAUAUAUUUAAUAUAAAACAUUUCGUACUUCGAAAAUAGUUUUUAUAGCUCGAAUAGUUAAUGGCUUAAAUAGACUUUAUUUUUUAACAAAUAAGUUACUUUUUAAAAGCUAUACAGAUGUAAGUCCCUUUGUCUGAAAACUGAUACGACCUCUUUUUUAAUUACUGUAAAUUAAAUUUAAACUACCAUCUCUUAAAUAAGACUAAAACUGUUCAACACUUGUUAUCGAAAUCGUGACUGUAUUUAUUAAUCAGUUAUUAUUAACGUAAUUAUUACGCUAAGUUACAUAAUAACGCACGUUCUGAAAAUAUUUGCUUUUUAUAUUUUGAAUGUACGGCUUCGUUAAACAUGAUAAGUGUUAUUUUUCCUUGAUGAGAGAAGUAAACUUAUUACUUUGAUAAAUGUACAAUAAGUAUGCCUAUUGUAAAGAGACACCAAAAGUCCCUAUACAUACUUAUGAUUACUUAUAAUUAAUUUAUGUAAUUUUAACAAAGUCUUGCCGUAAGGGCUGCUUCUACACGACUUAUUCUUUCAACUGCGAUCAUAAAAUGCAAGUUUUAAAAGGAAAGUGUGGUGAUUGUCUUUGUCCAUAUUGUGUUUAGCCUCGUGAACGCAAUUGCUUGUGUGAUUCUAAGAAUGCGUGUCGUUUAAAGCCUAAUGAUGCUCUUCCAGCACAUGUAGUUAGCGUAGGUAGGAAUACAAUUUAAUUAUAUCUUACUCCAUUUAAGAAAAUCAUAAGUAUAUUAUUAUAUUUGCUAAUGAGGAAGAAUUAUUAUUUUUAUUUAUUAAAAAAUAUAAACUUUAAUUUUAUUGAUGAGAUUGAAGCUCGGCGCGAAGUCGCUUUCUCUUUUCAUGCACACUGCAUGUAAAGGCAUCUAAAAUGUAUGAAGACGGCUGGCUUGGUCAUGGUAAAGCUUUGAAAGAACUGACUUUGUUGCUAUUAGUGUCACUUUUACUGUAUAACGAAGCCGAGGAUUUUCAAAAUGAAUCAAUCAUGUUUAUACAAUAUAUGUACUCAUUAAUGAAUUUAAAGUACGACUUACGGUUAUUUUAUUAUAGUAUUAUUUCAUAGACAAUCCAUUAAUAUAUUAACAGUUACAUGUAAGUAGCGUUAGUUAGUUUAUUGUUAGGGUAUGUAAUCGUAAGGUAUCAAUUGGGCCCAUAACCUGAAUGGUCUUCGUGCUGAGUUUUCUCAUGAAUUUAAAGAGUUAUACUUGAUGCAAUUAUUAAGCAUGUUACAAUUAUUCUGUAUAAUUUAAAUAAAACGUACUUUUUCUGUGUAUUACUUACUAAAAACUCAAAUUAAAAAUAAUAUACUUAUUGAUAAAUGGCACUAAUUGCACCAAAUGAUUUUAUAUUUACCAUAUACUAUAGAUUUAGAUUCAACUAUUUAUUCAUACUUUACACCAUAAAUAUGAGGUCGCUCCCUUUCCAAUUACACUAGUCUACAAGUAAUAUGAGUUGAAAUCAUUUAACUAAUUUCUACUUAUUUUCUGCUUAUCUACAUAUUCUGUAUACAAGAUGACAAGUGUAACGAAUCGUUAAAUUAUAUGCGUAUCGAAAUUAUGAGUGAAGAUGAAAACACGCAGCUUUUUAUAAUGCUUUAUAUUACAAUACAGUUGCGAACAAUAACAAUAACACAGUAGCAAUGAAUUAUAUAAAAUAAUACGAAGUAGUCUGUUUCAUACGAUUAGUUUAGCUACUAAUCUGCGCAAAGGCAGGCGCCUUUAUGUAACGUCUUUUAGUCACCGUGAUAGUUAAGACUAUUGGUGUACUAUAGUAAACCUAUGAACUAUUUUUAUUAUUACUAAUAAAAAUAUUUGAACCUCUUUAACAUAGCGUCUGAUGGAAUUGAUUAAAAUUAAAAUGUUACAUUAGAAUGUUUAGUGUGCGCUGUUGAGUGUAUUAUAUGUAUUAAUGAAGAAUCCCAGAUGCAAAUGCAUUUAAAUUGAAAAAUAUGCAGUAUGCUCUUGUUUUUUAUGGACGGUGAUGAAAGGUACUCUCGUCUGCACCAACUGAAUACGCUGGCGGGGCUGCAGUGGAGGACGAUGUAAUGAGAAUGUAGUUUAAUUAGAAAGUAGGUUUAGAUCGACUGACGUGAAUGUCACAUACAUUGCUAAUAAUGGGGCAUCUAGUCCCCGUUAAUAACAAUAGCCUCCCUCUUCUCUUUCCCCCUCAGUAACGAACUUAAAAAGGCUAUCUGAAUGUAAUUGUAUUACACGUAUGUGUUUCCUCCUUUAUUGAUCGUAGAGCGAUGUAAAACUAGGGCCUUAUUCGAUAAAUGGACUAUCCAAAUCUGAAACGAACCUAAUCUUUUUUUUUUAUGACAACUGUGCUAUAAAGUGGUACCGUAGACAUGUGUAGUACUUCUAAUUUACUGUUUUAUGAAGUCUAUCAUAUUAUGUUAGUUUCGUACAUAAAAAAAUGAAUGUUCGGGGUUUACGAAUUGUUCAAAUUUAAACUUACUCCCGUAACAUAAAAGUCUAAAAUUUAUUACAAAAUUAAAGUGCGUCAAGUAGCGCUUAAAGUACACAAAUAUAUCCCCAACUAAAACAAUCACGUACAUG